AACUCGUAGAGAGGUCAGGAGAGAGGAGGAGAGGAGGGCGCUGAAAGCCACAGUUUGCUUAGGGUUUCUCUCCCCCCGCCGAGACAGACAAGUACACCACCACACACGCGCCUCCCCCUACGAAAUUCACAAACCCACCGGAGGCACAGAAAUUCCCGUGGGAGGAAAAAUCCCGUCCGAAAUCCGGCGCUCCAAAUCCGUCCGCCCCCGAAGCGCCUCCCCCGAGCCCGUCCCCGAAUCCGGCACACCCCCGCUGAAAUUCCCCAAUCCUCCGCGGGUCGCCGCCGCCGCCGCCGCCUCCCUGCGACCGACCCGCGCCCCCGUCGCAGCCGCUGUCGCGGAUUCCCAUCCGAGGGUUUCGUCUCUCCCCCUCCCUGCUACUGCCGCCACGAAUUGUCGCGACCGGCCCGUCAUCGGGUGACCUUCUCGGGCCCGCGAGGCGGGGGGCUCCUUCCGCGGAAAUCCCCCCUCGUCGGGAGGCGGCGCGCCCCCUUUCUCGCCGCCCCCGCGCUCUGUUGGUGCUUGAGUGGCGUGGGGGUGGAGAUCCACCCGGGCGUGGAUCGAAUCCUCUUCUUUCGGUGGUUUUUAUUCUCCAGCGCGGAAGAUCAAUCCACAAAGGUGCACGAACGGUUCAUUUCCCCAAUAAUUCGGGGGUUCAACUGAACCCCCAUGCCCGACGUUAAGUCCGCCCCUGGUGGUGGUGGACUGGAUUGGCGGACACUGCUGAUUUCGUCGCGGGCAUGGAGCGAGCUGAGCCCUCGUUGAAGCCGGAAUGGCUGCUGCGGCCAGCUACGGUAGCUGUCACGGCUCUACGGCCCGCAACUUCACCCCGCGCAGAUGAUCAAGGCAGGGGUGCUUCAUCAAGAAACCGUUCAUCAGGGCGUGAUCGUGAUCGGAGCUCCCAACAGUCCUCGUCCCGGAGGAAUUCAGGCUCUGGUGGGCCAAGGCGGAAUGAUCGUGAUGGUACGGGGAAAUCAAGAGGCUAUUCUAGUUUUGGAAGGCACAACAGGGAAAGGGUGCAAGAAAAGGACCCUGAUUUUCGUGACCGGGAGAGUAAGUUGGUUCAGCUAGAGGACCCUUUACGUGAUGGCUUCGAGUCGUUUAGCUCAUGCAGGUCUGAAAAGGAUAGGCUUAACCGUACUCGUUCAAAGGUGUCAGUAUCAAAUCGGGCAGGAGUAAGUUUGGAAAAUGGUAAUAUAUCUAAAAAGGAUACUGGUGGCAUCUCCUUUGAGCGAGAAUUCCCAUACCUCGGUUCUGAGGACAAAAAUGGAAAGCAAGACAUAGGUAGAGUUCCAUCUCCUGGAAUUAGCACCCCAAUUCAGAGCAUACCGUUAGUCAUUGCAUCUGAAGGCUGGAAUUCAGUGCUAGCAGAAGUACCUUUACUCAGCGAUCCAAGCAUUAACUCCAUCUCCACUUCUUCAUCACCCGCUGGUUUAAGUAAACAGUCUGAAGUGUCCAAUUCUGGGAGUGCGCUGAGCAUGGCAGAAACAGUAAUGCAGUCACCAUUAAAGAUUUCCACCGCACCUCAGCUAUCAAUUGAUGCUCAGAAAAUUGAAGAACGGACUAUGAGGCAGUGCAUUCUAAGACCUCUUACACCAUCGUCGAACAAAAUUUCUGCAUCAAAUUCCUUGGAUAAAUUAAAAUCUAAAGGUGCAAGAGUUGGAGAUUCUAAUGGUCCUAUCAAGGUUGCUCCGCAACUGUCACUGCAGCCAUCUAGCAGCUCUAUUCGCACUCCAGUCAAAACUGAGCUUGUAAAGCCGUCUCAAUCAGGCAGCCUUCAAGUCCUUACCCGUGAACAGAAUGGUACUGUAAAUACUGCUGCCAAAGACAGCACCAGCAAUCCUGUGAGCCCUGUUCUAGGUCGAUCUUCUUCAAUGGAACCUAUGAGAAAGUCUGUUGUCAACCCAAAGCUUAAUUUUGGCAUUAAUGGUCGUUCUUUGCAUCUGCUGCAAGGUUCAAUUGGUGAUAGAAAAGCAAGUGCAAAAGGCAAGCAAGAUUUUUUUCAGACAUUGCGUAGCAAGUCUGCAAAUGGUUCGAGCACUGCUACUGAAUCUCCAUCUAGUCUGGUUGAUGAUCAGCAGAACUCUUGUCCCGAGUUUAUUGAAAAUGGAAGCAGUUCCUGUGAAGAAGCAUAUUCUUGUGAGGGAUCUCAGCAACACUUGUCUGACAAUGAGGAAAUCAUUCCGCCUUCAGAAUCUCAUAAUGUUUUAGAUGAGGGAUCUCUGGGGAUUCAAGUUGACGACAGGGAUGCCAGCUCUUUACCAGUAUUUGCUGGCACAGAAGAUUUAGCUUCCAAGAAGCCCCAGCCAGACAACAUUGAAGAUGUUCUGCCUGUGAAACCUGCCUAUAUAAACGAUAGUUCCGUGAUUUCCAACUCUGUUGACAAUGAAGCUGAUUUGCCACUGGAGGGAGCCCAUCCUGCUCAUGAGUUCGAACACACUGGAGCAGGGGAGGAGAAACCCUGUCCUGCUCAAGAGUUCGAGUCCAUUGGGGCAGGUGAGGAGGAAGAGUUGAACCUCCUGAGAUCUAUGGGCUGGGAUGAGAACGAAGUAGUUCAACCUCUUCAGCAAGAGGAGAUUGCUGAUUGUCUAGGCAGAACGUGAGGCUGCAACAGAAGCUUCAGGAGUGCAGGGGCUGAUCUCCGAAUCUGUGGAUCUGUGGAGCAACGUAACUGUAUGGCCACCAUGCCGAGAACAUGUGGCUGUGGAAGCCGUGGCAUGCCAAGUUUUGGUAACUUCCUCAGUCAACUGAUGAGGGAAUGAUUGUCUAGCUUAGCAAAUGAAGAGUUUUGUUUUUGCCAAUGCUUGUUCGGUGGGGGGAGGUUUCAUGGGUAGCGCGAUAAUUCCCCCCCGCUUAAAAGAGGUUUUAGGGUUUUUCUUCCUCAUUUUCCCAGAAGGAAUACACCAAAUGUAAGUCUUGUCUGGCGUUGGAGGCACAUAGGUGUGCGUUGCUCCGAAAGAAGAAUAGGCUGUCUUUUUUUUUUUUACUUUUCAUCGCUUAUCUUUUGUUUUUCAGAAAAAAAGAUGGGAAAAAAAGAAUGGUCGCGCUUAACAUGAAAAAGGUGCACAGGAAUUAUCUUGGUCUUGAA